ACCCGGAAGCAGGAUGUGACGUGGAGUGUAAACAUGGCUGGCUGCAGCUCAGCUGGUGUCCUGGGAGGUGGGAGCUCUGCACUCAGUAUGGAGCAGCUGUCCUCCCUCACUGAGCUCCGGGAGCUGGAGGAGGCCUAUGGGCAGCUGUGUGUGGAGGAGAAAGUGGUGGGAUCAGAGCUCGAGGAGCUGCUCGGCCAGCAGAAUACAGUGGAAAACAAGAUGCUGGCUUUACAGCGCAUGGGACCAAACCUGCAGCUGAUAGAAGGUGAUGCAGAGCAGCUCUCCGGAAUGAUCACAUUUACCUGUAACCUGGCAGAAAAUGUGAGCAGCAAAGUCAGGCAGCUGGACCUUGCAAAGAGCCGGCUCUAUCAGGCUAUCCAGCGAGCAGAUGAUAUCCUGGACCUUAAAUUCUGCAUGGACGGAGUGCAGACUGCCUUGAGAAAUGAAGAAUAUGAACAAGCAGCGGCUCAUAUACACAGAUACCUGUGCCUGGAUAAAUCCGUCAUUGAGCUGAGCAGGCAGGGGAAGGAAGGGAGUAUGAUUGAUGCCAGUCUGCAGCACCUACAGGAGGCAGAACAGCGUCUCAAAAUCCUGGUUGGUGAUAAGUUUGAUGCUGCAACAAAAGCCGGAGACCUGCCGCAGGUAGAGAGAUUCUUCAAAAUCUUUCCACUCCUGGGAUUGCAUGAAGAAGGAAUCCGCAAGUUCUCUGAAUACCUCUGUAGACAGGUUGCCAUCAAAGCCGAGGAGAAUCUGCAGCUAGCACUGGGCUCAGAGGGCAAGGAACGGCGCACUGCACUUAUUUUUGCUGAUACGCUGACUCUGCUAUUUGAAGGAAUCGCUCGGAUAGUAGAGACCCACCAGCCGAUCGUGGAGACUUACUAUGGCCCUGGUAUGCUGCACAUGCUGAUCAGACACCUGCAAGCAGAGUGCGACCGACAGGCUGACAAAGUGGUGGAUAAGUUCAUACAACAGAGAGACUAUCACCGGAAGUUCCAACAAGUUCAGAACAGCAUGAUGCGAGCCUCCUCUACAGAGAAGAUUGAACCACGGGAUUUGGACCCCAUCCUAGCUGAGGUGUCCUUAAUGAGUGCUCGCACAGAGCUCUACUUGCGCUUCAUCAAGAGACGUCUUUUAUCGGACUUUGAGGUUGGGGACGCUAUGGCUGCAGAGGAUGUGAAGCAAGAGCACCAACAGAGUUUGGACAAACUGCUGAACCAUUGUCUGCUGCGCUGUACCAUGCAGGAGGUGAUUGGCUGCUAUAUCACCAUGGAGGAAUUCUACAUGAGGGAGAGUGUGAACAAGGCAGUUGCCAUGGACACAUGCGAGCGCGGUCAGAUGAUCUCCAGUAUGGUCGAUGAUGUCUUCUACAUUGUGAAGAAAUGCGUUGGGCGUGCUUUAUCCAGUUCCAGCAUAGACUGUCUGUGCGCCAUGAUUAACCUCUCUACCACCAUGCUGGAGUCCGACUUCAAAGAGGUCCUGUGUAACAAGCUGAGGAUGGGCUUUCCAGCCACCACAUUCCAGGAUAUCCAGCGUGGAGUCACCAGUGCGGUCAGCCUAAUGCAGAGUAGUCUGCAGCAGGGAAAGUUUGACACUAAGGGUAUCGAAAGCAAUGAUGAAGCCAAGAUGUCGUUCCUGGUAUCUCUCAAUAACGUGGAGGUCUGCAGUGAAAAUAUCACAACCUUGAAGAAAAAUCUGGAGAAUGAUUGCAACAAGUUAUUCAGCCAAGAUGUUGGAGGUGAACAAGCUCGGGCUAAGAUUGACAGCUGUCUCUCUGACAUGGCAUCUGUGUCCAACAAGUUCGGAGACCUCCUGCAGGAGGGUCUUGGGGAGCUGAAUAGUACAGCCGUAAAGCCUCAAGUGAAGCCGUGGAUUAACCUCUUUCUGUCUGUGUCACAUAACAUUGAGGAGGAGGAGUUUAAUGACUACGAAGCGAAUGAUCCCUGGGUGCAGCAGUUUAUAGUCAACCUGGAGCAGUUUAUGGCCGAGUUCAAGGCCGGCCUGUCCCCGGUUAUCUACGAGAACCUGACCAGUCUGCUCACCAGUCUGAUUGCCAUGCAGCUGGAGAAAGUGGUUUUAAAGUCCACGUUCAGCAGGCUGGGUGGACUGCAGUUUGACAAGGAGCUGCGCUCUCUCAUUGCGUACCUCACCACAGUCACAACGUGGACCAUCCGGGAUAAAUUUGCUCGCCUCUCCCAAAUGGCGACAAUCCUGAAUCUGGAAAGGGUGACAGAAAUCUUAGACUACUGGGGUCCUAACUCCGGCCCUCUUACAUGGCGUCUUACACCAGCUGAGGUCAGGCAAGUGCUGGCACUACGCAUCGAUUUUCGCAGUGAGGACAUCAAGCGCCUGAGGCUCUAGGUGUAUGUUGGGCAUAUUCAGAUAACAGAAUGCCCAUACAGGAAGGAGGCAGGCACGUCACUACGGAGUGAUUCAAUAGCCGUGCAGUUCGUCUUACAUUCCGGAGAGGUGACCACACGGCACGCUGUGCUAGGUGUAUGUAGGAUCGGUACAGAAACGCUAAUUACUGUAUAUUUCUAUGGAAUACAGAUUAUGGACAGA